AUGUCUCAUGACUCGCAUGGAAGGAUGGUGAAGAGGACGCUGGAGUAUGUCCCUGCUUUGUACAAAAUCUUUGACGAGAUCCUGGUCAAUGCCGCGGACAACCUGAUCCGGGAUCCUACCCAGGAUACCAUCCGCAUCGAGGUGAACCGGAAGGAGGGCUCGGUGAUCGUGUGGAACAAUGGUGCCGGGCUGCCGAUCCAGAUGCACCGGGAGCACAAGUGCUACGUGCCAGAGCUGGUCUUCGGGCAGCUGCUGACCAGCGACAACUACGACGACAGCGAGAAGAAGGUGGUGGGUGGACGCAACGGCUACGGCGCCAAGCUGACGAACAUCUUCUCCAGCAAGUUCCUUCUCGAGACGGCAGACUCAAGGAGCGGAAAGAAGUACAAGCAGGUCUGGGAGAAGAACAUGUCGGUGUGCCACAAGCCGGUGAUCACUCAGAACAAGUCCGAGGACUAUACGCAGGUGACCUUCUUCCCGGACUUCUCGCGCUUCGGCAUGCGUGCCAUGGAGGAGGACAUCGUCCUGCUGAUGCGGCGGCGCGCCUUCGAUGUGGCGGCGUCCACACGCGGGAGGUGCCAGGUCUUUCUGGACGGUAAGCGCCUGCAGGUGGAGUGCUUUCAGGACUACGUGGACCUCUUCGUGCAGCCCGAAGCCUUCCGCACCUGCAAGGUGGUGAACGACCGCUGGGAGGUGGCCAUCGGUCUCACGGAUGGGUCCGGGUUCCAGCAAGUGAGCUUCGUGAACUCCAUCAACACCUCCCGGGGAGGGACCCACGUCUCCUACAUCACCGACCAGGUCGUCGGCGCGGUGCUUGAGAAGAUAGGGAAGCAGAGAGGUGGCCCUCUGGCGGUAAAGAAUCAGCACGUGAAGAGCUACCUCUGGAUCUUCGUGAACUGUCUCGUGGAGAAUCCCGCCUUCGACUCACAGACCAAGGAGACCCUCACCAGUAAGCGGGAGAGGUUUGGCUCCAGCUGCCACCUACCAGAGGAGCUCCUGCAGGAAGUGGUGGAGAGUGGGCUGCUGGAGGCCCUCCAGGUGAGCCCAAAGCGCUUCUCUGUGGGGGAUGUCCGGGUGCUGGCAGAGGACCGGCUCCAGAAGAGCUUGUCGGUGCUGGUGGAUGCGUCAGGCGCGCCGCUGAACGACCGGGACAAGAUCUGCGACUCUGGGCUGCAGCAUGGCGACCAAGUCAGCGCGCUCGUGAGGCCCCCGGAGCCGCGGGUCUUCUCAGGGCCCUUCGCCUACGCAUUUGCGGCGGUGCUGCCGGAAGGCCGUGUGGUGGCCUGGGGCGACCAAGCACGUGGCGGCAGCCUCCAAGAGGUGGAGGGCCUCGAGGAGGUGGUCUGCCUGGAGGCCUCCGCCGGCGCCUUCUGCGCGCUCAAGGCGGACGGCUCGCUCCGCGCCUGGGGCGGCGCCGCCUUCGGGGGCGACCUCCGCGCCGUGCCUCCGGAGCGUCUCGUGGGGGUGCGGCUCUUGAAGGCGUCGGCCCUUGGCUUCAGCGCUGCCACGGAAGGAGACAUCGUGGUCUGGGGCUCCGCGGCCGCGCUGGCGCCGCCGGCGAACUUCUCGGCGGUGGAGCUGGUGAGCUCCACCGACGCCUUCGCGGCGCGGGACGCGGGGGGCCGCGUCUGCGCCUGGGGCAACGCGGAGUACGGGGGCGACUGCAGCGAAGUGCAGGGCAGGCUGGUGGACGUGAAAUCCCUCUGCGCCUCUGAUGGGGCCUUCGCUGCACUCACUUGGGGCGGCCAGGUGGUGACUUGGGGAAACAGCAGCUUCGGCGGCGACGGCCCAGCGCUGGAGGAGGUGGUGGCGCUUUCGGCCUGCGGCCGAGGCUUCGCGGCGCAGCUGCGGAAUGGCAUCGUCUGCUGGGGCGAUCCCCAGCAGGGCGGGGACAACUCCCAGGUGCGGGACCAGCUGCAGCGCGUGCGGCAGGUGGUGGGCUCCGCGGGCGCCUUUGCGGCGGUCACGGAGGAAGGUCGGGUGGUGACCUGGGGGAGCACCGCUUUCGGUGGCGAGUGCAGUGCUGUGCGGCAUCAGCUCGUGGAGGUGGACCGAGUGGUUGCCAGUCGCCGCGCCUUCGUGGCGCUGCGGAAGGAUGGAGGAGUCGUCACUUGGGGAUUCCCCAUGUUGGGCGGCGACAGCCAGUCGGUGCAGGCGCAGCUGCAUGGGGUCACCUCGCUGGUGGCCUCCUCAGGGGCCUUCUGCGCGCUGCGAAGUGGGCGCCUGGUGUGCUGGGGCGGGCUCAGCUCGGGGGGCGGCGGCCCAGGCGACCUGGAAGAGGAAGAGGCGAAAGACGUUGAGAUGACGGUGCCCACCAUUUCGGUGAGCUCGGCCUGA